AUGGCAAGUGGCGCGGAACCAGACGACCCUGGCAAACAAGACGGAGCUUUCGCGAAGAACGCGCGCGCAGGCUUCUUUUAUGGAACUUUGAUGGUUCCUCAGAUAUUUUACUCCGUAUGUUACGACGUGAUCGAGCCUCCACAGAGCAUACAGGAUCGCCACACAUUUCACCCUGCAGUCUUGCAUGGCCACUGCCGCAAGCGGAUACAUGGUGCGGACUAUCCCGGGAUGGUUGUAGAUCCUGAGAAAUCAGUCCGAGGAACAGUUGUCACAGGUCUAAGCGAGGACAAUAUCAAGAGACUUGAUUACUUUGAAGGCAUUGAAUACGAAAGACGGCAAGUCAAGCCCAACAUCCUCACCAAAGUUGGGAAUGCGCAGGGUGAGGGUAACGAGGAAGGCGAUGAAGUCGUUGCCGACACUUACAUCUUCCUGAACCAUGUCAAUUUAUCAGUUGAAGGAGGCGAGUGGGACUUUGAGGAGUUUUGCAGAGACAAGAUGCAGAAAUGGACUCGCGCUGGGUUCGUCUUUGAAGGCAUGUUCCUCCCAAUUCGAUGGACAUGUUGA